CGCCCGAAGCCACCUCCCUCCCCAGCCUCGGGCGCCACCGCGGAGCGCAAGGCCGGGGACGGCGCGGGCAGGCGGGAGGAAGCAUGCUGGACUUCGCCAUCUUCGCCGUGACGUUCCUGCUGGCGCUGGUGGGCGCGGUGCUGUACCUCUACCCGGCUUCCCGGCCAGCUUCAGGAAUUCCAGGGCUCACUCCAACCGAGGAAAAAGAUGGUAAUCUUCCAGACAUUGUGAACAGUGGAAGUUUGCAUGAGUUCCUGGUUAAUUUGCAUGAACGAUACGGGCCUGUGGCCUCUUUCUGGUCUGGCAGGCGUCUUGUGGUUAGCUUGGGCACCGCUGAUGCACUGAAGCAACACUUCAACCCCAAUAAGACUUCGGACCCAUUUGAAACCAUGUUGAAGUCAUUAUUAGGGUAUCAGUCUGGUGGUGGGAGUGCGGGUGAGGACCACGUGAGGAGGAGACUGUAUGGAGGUGCUGUGGCGGCUGCUCUGCAAAGUAACUUCCCUCUCCUGAUAAAGCUUUCAGAAGAAUUAUUAGAUAAAUGGCUGUCCUACCCAGAGACCCAGCACAUACCUCUGAGCCAGCACAUGCUUGGUUUUGCUUUGAAGUUUGUCACACGGAUGGUACUGGGUAGCACAUUUGAAGAUGAACAGGAAGUCAUCCGAUUCCAAAAGAUUCAUGGCACAGUGUGGUCUGAGAUUGGAAAAGGCUUUCUAGACGGGUCACUCGAUAAAAACACCACUCGGAAAAAACAGUAUCAAGAGGCUCUCAUGCAAUUGGAAUCUACUUUAAAGAAAAUUAUAAAGGAACGAAAAGGAGGGAGCUUCAGUCAACAUACCUUCAUUGACUCCUUAGUACAGGAAAACCUUAAUGAGCAACAGAUCCUUGAAGACAGUGUGGUGUUCUCUCUGGCCGGCUGCAUAAUAACUGCAAGGCUGUGUACCUGGAUGAUCCAUUUCCUAACGACGUCUGGAGAAGUUCAGAAGAAGCUGUACAAGGAGAUAGACCAAGUUUUAGGGAAGGAUCCUAUCACUUCAGAGAAAAUUGAGCAGCUCAGAUAUUGUCGGCAAGUGCUUUUUGAAACCGUUCGGACUGCUAAACUAACUCCAGUUUCUGCCCGGCUUCAAGAUAUUGAGGGAAAAGUCGGCCCGUUUGUUAUUCCUAAGGAGACGCUCGUCCUUUAUGCCCUCGGAGUGGUUCUUCAGGACCCCAGCACCUGGCCAUUGCCACACAGGUUUGAUCCAGACCGCUUUGCUGACGAGCCAGUGAUGAAGGUGUUCUCUUCUCUUGGCUUCUCAGGCACGUGGGAAUGCCCAGAACUGAGUAACCAGUUGGCUCUCUUCUGGACCAGGUUUGCUUACGUGGUGACCACAGUGCUUGUGUGUGCGUUGCUGAAGAGGCUUCGCCUGCUUGCUGUGGAGACACAAGUUUUUGAAAUGAAGUAUGAACUGGUCACGUCACCAAGGGAAGAAGCUUGGAUCACUGUCUCCAAAAGACACUAGACAUUUAUGCACUUAAAGUCUGUUAAGUAGAUGAAGGGAAAUGCCCAGUUAGAAUAUGUGCUGAGUCCUUUUGUAAACCCAGUAUCACUUUGUAAUGUAAAACCUGUUAGUGCUUCAUGAUGUAAAUUUGGAUUUUUAUAUGUCAAAUUUUCUUACUGUAUGAUGUAUGUUUAUACUUACAUUGACAACUUUAACAGGAAAGUAUAAUUUUCUUUUAAUUUGCAUCAUUCUCUAAGCCAUUAUUUUUUCAUUUUUAUUAUUAUUUUGUGGGGGGAUGGGUUUUGAGACAGGUUUUUUUUCUGUGUAGCCCUGGAUGCUCUGGAACUCACUCUUUAGACCAGGCUGGCCUCAGACUCACAAAGAUCCACCUGCCUCUGCCUCUGGAGAGCUAGGAUCAGAGGCCUGCGGCACCACCGCCUGGCUAAGCCAUGAUUUCCAAUCUUGAUGUUUUCAGUUUGAUCUGUCAGAAGAGCAAUCUUAGAGGAUUCUUUUGGGCACGUUGUGGAAUCAUGUUUUCUGAAUAUUCAUAAAAGAGAGACUUAAUGUCGCUUCUUUUUGCAUUUCUAAUAAAUCACCUGUCAUUUUA